AUGGUUACGUCAGGGUGGGGGGCGUGGGCCCUCUCCCCCUGUGGCCUCGUGCUGGUCCUCUGUUCGUCCGUGUGUCUGUCCCAGCAGCCUCACAUCAAACCGGCAGACUGUAGCAGAAAGGAACAUCCUGUUGUCUCUUACCAAGCGUUGAGGCCGUGGAUGUCAGAGUUCUCCCAUCCGGGAGUGAAGGAUUUCUCCCAGCUGGCUCUGGACCUGAGCAGAAACCAGCUCAUUGUGGGAGCAAGAAAUUUCAUCUUCAGACUGAGUUUGAGCAACGCCUCGCUCAUACAGGCGACAGAAUGGGCCCCCGAUGAAGACACAAAGCGCUCUUGUCAGAGCAAGGGGAAGACUGAGGAGGAGUGUCAGAACUACAUCCGGGUGCUGUUGAUAAGUGGGAGGACGCUCUUUACGUGUGGGACCAAUGCUUUCACCCCAGUCUGCAUAACCAGGCAGAUUGGUAACUUCAGUCAGGUGUUGGACACAGUGAACGGUGUUGCCCGAUGUCCAUAUGACCCGCGCCACAACUCCACCGCCAUGGUGACGGAGAAAGGGGAGCUGUAUGCCGCCACGGUGAUCGACUUCUCGGGACGUGACCCCGUCAUCUACAGGAGUCUGGGGAACCUGCCGCCACUGCGCACCGCCCAGUACAACUCCAAGUGGCUCAACGAGCCUCAUUUCGUGUCCGUUUAUGAGAUCGGACGCUUCGCCUACUUCUUCCUGAGAGAAACCGCUGUUGAAAACGACUGUGGCAAGAUAGUGUUCUCUCGCGUGGCCCGGGUCUGUAAGAACGACAUGGGUGGACGUUUCCUGUUGGAGGACACCUGGACCACCUUCAUGAAGGCCCGACUCAACUGCUCACGCUCGGGAGAAAUCCCCUUUUACUACAACGAGCUGCAGAGCACGUUUUACUUACCAGAGCAGGACCUGAUCUACGGCAUCUUCACCACCAAUGUAAACAGCAUAUCAGCCUCUGCUGUCUGUGCCUUCAAUCUGAGCUCCAUCACCCAGGCCUUCAAUGGACCCUUCCGCUACCAGGAGAACCCCCGCACGGCCUGGCUCUCCACCCCGAACCCCAUACCCAAUUUUCAGUGUGGUACUCUGGAGGAGGGGGGCCCCGGUGGGAACCUGACAGAGCGCAGCCUCCAGGACGCCCAGCGACUCUUCCUCAUGAAUGACGUGGUGCAGCCCAUCACCAUCAACCCUCUGUUCACCCAGGACAACCUGCGCUUCUCCAAGCUGGUGGUGGACAUCGUUCAGGGCCGAGACGCCCUCUACCACGUCAUGUACAUCGGCACCGAAUACGGCACCAUCCUGAAGGCUCUCUCCACAACCAAUAAAAACCUCCAAGGCUGCUACCUGGAGGAGCUCAGGCUCCUCCCUCAGGGGCAAAUUGGACCAAUUAAGAGCCUGCAAAUCCUUCACAAUGACAGAUCUUUGAUUGUUGGGCUUGAUGACAGACUGGUGAAGAUCCCAUUGGAGCGCUGCUCCAGCUAUCCAUCUGAGAGUCAGUGCAUGGAAGCUCGGGACCCUUACUGUGGCUGGGAUCACAAGCAGAAGCGCUGCACCACCAUCGAGGAGAGCUCCAACAUGAACCAGUGGACCCAAAACAUCACUGAGUGCCCAGUGAGGAACCUCACACAGGAUGGCGGUUUUGGUACGUGGGCGCCAUGGCAACCCUGUAACCACGAUGACGGCGAGGGCUCCAUCAGCAGCUGUGUGUGUCGGUCCCGCUCGUGCGACGGACCUCUUGCUCGGUGUGGCGGGGUCGAAUGUAAAGGCCCAACCAUCCAGGUGGCAAACUGUUCCAGGAAUGGCGGCUGGACCCCCUGGUCUUCAUGGGGCCAGUGCAGCAGCAGUUGCGGUAUCGGAUUUGAAGUGAGGCAGCGGUCCUGCAACAACCCGUCGCCUCGCCACGGUGGUCGAAUCUGUGUGGGCCAGGGUCGAGAGGAGAGGUUGUGCAAUGAGAAGAAGCCCUGUCCCCUGCCAGUGUCCUGGACAGCUUGGGGCCCCUGGGCUCACUGCAGUGCUGAAUGUGGAGGGGGGGUCCACUCCAGGACCAGGACCUGUGAGAAUGGAAACAGCUGUCCUGGAUGUUCCCUGGAGUAUAAGGCCUGUAACCUGGAGGCCUGCCCUGAGGUGCGCCGCAACACCCCCUGGACCCCCUGGAUGCCGGUCAACGUCAGUCAAGACGGGUCCAGACAAGAGCAGAGGUUCAGGUACACGUGCCGGGCGCUGCUCCCAGACCCCCAGCAGCUCCAGCUGGGCAAGAAGAAGAUGGAGACCCGGUUCUGCCCCAAUGAUGGGUCUGGAGCCUGCCAGACUGACUCUCUGGUUGAAGACUUGGUGAAGACUAGCGGGCAAACUCUGUCCCAGCCGAAAGGUGUGCGUUGGGGAUUGUGGGAAACGUGGUCCAGCUGUUCUCAGCAGUGUUCCAGAGGCUUCCGAACCCGGAAACGUAGCUGCUCAACCACAGAGGGCAGGACGAACCCCAGCGCCUGUGUGGGAUCCCCGGUGGAGUAUCAGGACUGCAACAUUCAACCGUGCCCAGUGAGUGGAGCCUGGUCCUGCUGGUCCUCCUGGUCCCAGUGCACGUCCAGCUGUGGGGGCGGACACUACCAGCGGACUCGGACGUGCAGCAACCCACCACCUGCCAGUGGAGGAGACAUCUGCAUAGGCCUGCACACUGAGGAGGCGCUCUGUAACACACACGCCUGUGAAGAUUGGAGAGAAUGGACAGACUGGGCGGACUGUGAUGAGGAGGGUCUGCAGCAUCGCACCCGGCGCUGUGGUGAGGACCAGGAGGCCGAGGCCAGUCUCUGCCAGGGUAACAUCACCCAGUCCAGGCCUUGCCAGCCUCAUGAGGUGCCAGUUAUUUUACCCGGACAGGAGGACCAAAUCUGUGGAACCUUUACUUUGUUCCAGUUAGUAGCCGUGGGCUUAGCCAGUUUCUUUGCAGCAGCGUUACUGUCAGCACUGGCCUUCACCUACUGCCACCAACUGAACCGGCCGUCAGCUGAGUCAGCGGUCAUCCACCCCAGCACACCCAACCACCUCACCUACAACAAGCAGGGCAACGCCACGCCAAAGAAUGAGAAGUACAUCCCCAUGGAGUUUAAGACGCUAAACAAGAACAAUCUCCACGUCAACGACGAGACGUGCAACCACUUCCCGUCCCCGCUGCCCUCCAGCAACAUGUUCACCACCACCUACUACCCCCCCAGCCUGGGCAAGUACGACUUCCAUCCAGAAUCCCCCUGCAGGACCUACAUGCACAGCUGA